UUAAGCAACCGGGUGACUACGGGAAGCUCCAGUUUGGUGCCACAAUGUGGUUGGUAAAAGUUGCCAUUUUAGUUCUAGUUGUAGUGUGUGCGGUGGCGGGCCAGGAUGAUUGCUUCUACUCGUUGGAUAUUAAAUAUAAGUUAGGUUCUCAGUCGCCACGGAUAUCGUUGGUUAAUGCACCAGAUAUUGAUUGCUCGUACAGAAUUAAAGCCCCGUUCGGGACCAGAAUUCAGGUUUCGUGCGAGUUGUCUCAGCCCCGUGCUUGCAACUUUGAUGAGGUCAUCAUUUCCCCGAGUGGAAGAGAGGACCUGGCCAAUGCCACACACGUAGGAUGUGCUGAUGGAAAGGUUCGGAAAGAAUCUGAGGCCAACAGUUUGUUCUUGCGCAUGCGAUCUUCUUCCGAAUCCCAGAAUGGACAAUUCAUCUGUACGUUGUCCCUUGUUCAGCCAAACUGUAGGUGUAGAGGAAAGAACGAAAAUAUGGGAAGGAUUGUCAACGGGGUUGAAGCAGUUCCUAAUGAAUUUCCAAUGAUGGCAGGAUUAUUCGUUCAGAAAUAUCAUUUUUGUGGUGCUACCAUAAUUUCAGAAUAUUACGCUUUAACGGCAGCUCAUUGCUUAAUCACGAAUGAUAUUUUGAUGCUUGCAGUUGGUAGACACUACAUAGCCAAUGACAAAAAUCCACACUCCAAACUUUACCGAAUAAUAACAAGUAUAGUUCAUCCAGGGUACACUCAGGAACCGGGACCUAACGAUAUCGGUUUGGUUCGAACUGAAUCCCGAAUUGAGUUUAACCCAGACGUUGGUUCUGUUUGUUUACCAUGGAAGUUCCGAGAAAGCACCUUCACUGGGGAGUCUCUUGAAGCGACCGGAUGGGGUACAAUGAGUUAUCAAGGAACUGCUUCUCGCGUUCUGAUGAAGGUGAAUCUUGACGUGAUCGACAACGUGAAUUGCUCGAUUUACUGGAGGAAACCCCAAAUUACUUCUGGGCAGAUUUGUACCUACACGCCGAAAAAAGACACGUGCCAGGGCGAUUCCGGAGGGCCAAUUUUCUACACUGAACCGGAAAGUGAAAGGUUGUACUUGGUUGGGAUUGUAAGUUACGGAUACGGGUGUGCUACGCACAAGCCAGCCGUUUACACUAGGGUCUCCGCAUACCUAGACUGGAUUAAAACACAGACUAGCGAUACGUCCUACUGUGUUAUGUGAAAUUUGGAGUUGAACAAAGAAAAACGCAUGCUACUGAUUUCGCUCAUACCUGUGAGUGGGAUUUUUAAUUCUCUUGAAUAUAGAAAAAGCUAUAAAUAAA